AUGAAGCAGGCCCUCAGGAGGCAAGCUCUCAGAGCACCGGUUGGCACCCGCAGUGCCGUCGCGCACCAAGCGAGGACCGCCAUACUGCCGCCGCUGGCCCGCAGCUAUAGCUCGGCUCCGACGAUCGCGCAGACCUCGUUCUGGAAGUCCCUGAUUCCCAAACCCUGGCGACCCCGUGAGAAGCGGCCCGAUGUCUACUUUGGCCCGCCCAAGACCCUGAAGAAGCCCAAGAAGGACUGGAACCCCGCCACGUUCUACAUUGUCAUAUUCCUCUUCAUUGGCUCCAUGUCGAUACAGAUGAUCUCUCUGAGGAACGACUUCAACACACACAUGAGGAGGGCCGAGACCCGCAUCGGCAUCCUGCGCGAGGUGAUAGAAAAGCUGCAGAGGGGAGAGGAGGUGGAUGUGGAGAAGGAGCUGGGCACCGGCGACGCCGAGAAGGAGCAGGAAUGGGAACAAGGUUGGUUGGAACCCAAGGCCAAGGGCACCGUUCCCGAGUCCCGGGUCAUUGACACAAAAGCAGUACUCAAGGAAAUCGAACGAGACGAUGCCAUCCGGGCUGCCAAGAAGAGCGACCGACCUAAGCAUUCGUCCGGCGCAAAAGCAGAGGCCAAGGAGCCAAAGGCUGAUGCCCCGGGCUCGCAGCAGAACGCAACAUCCGACAAGCCAAAGGCUGCUACUGUAAAUUAUUCUGGAUUCUUCUGA